AUGUUUACAUCAAUAUGUAAUUUUCUUCCAAUUUUUAAUGAUGUUCAUUAUGCUAUUGACCUUUGUUUAAGCUUUCCUCGUCGUCAAAAAGCGAUCUUAGCCCAAAUCAAACAACAACGUCUAAAAAUUCGUAACAUUAAUCGAAAGAUAAUUACUAGAACCGAAAAUGGUGAUCCAGUUAAUCAACUUGAAACAAGUCGAGAUAAUCAUGUAACAAAACUUGGAAAAGCAACGAAAGCUUUUAAUGAUCUUUUAGAAUAUAUGAUAGAAAAUAAAGAAAAUCUUUUUCCCAAUUGGACACCAUUAGCAUCAAACCUUUUUCCCAAUUGGCCACCAUCAACAUCAAUUAUUUAUUGUCAACGAUUUGGUUGA